AUGUCCACACUUAUGGCAACACGAUUUACUCUUUCCAAGAAUGUCGGACAGCCUCUUGCAUAUCCCACGCCAUACAAGAGCACAGUUGGUGCAUUACAAUAUGCCACCUUAACUCCUCUGAAAUUUGCCUUUUGUGUGAACAAAUUGGGCCAAAUUACUAUUGCUUCCACUCAUGUACAUUGGCAAGCUAUAAAUGAGCUCUACUCUUCGCCAUGA